AAAUAGCUGUUGCUGUUUGACAUGAACAUUUAAGCUUUAAAAUAAUAUAUUUUCUAAGAAAGAUGGAAGUCCUUAAAGACAUUAAAGAGCUGGAAGGUUCUGAAAGAAAUGCCUUACUUGCCGAUUUUGAAAGACGAAAAAAAGCUAGAGAAUUAAUUUUACCUACAGACGAUUUAGCCGUUAGAGCCCGACUUCGAGAAAUUGAAGAACCUGUGGCUCUUUUUGGUGAAGACAAGGGAAAACGUCGUGAUCGUUUAAGGAAUUUGCUUUCCAAUCUUUCUGAAGAAAGAUUGGCUCAAUUAGAAGAAUGCUUUAAAGAGAUCAGUCAUUCCGAAAUUAAAGUUACAGAGGAAAAGGAAAAAACAGGAACUUUUUACUUUAGAGGUUCGCCUCUUCUUAAAGAAGCACGGCUUUAUAUUGCGAGUUACUCUCUUCCAAGAGCAAGGCAGAAACUUAUAUUAGAGCGAAAGCAUCAAGCUAAUCAGAAUAGCAAAGAGGAAGCCAUAUUACAUCAAGAAGAACAGAAACUUUUAAAAAAUUAUUCGAAUUACUGUAGUCAAGUGGGAGGUGAGCGGGCCAUCUCGUACAGCACUUUCUCUCCUGAUUCCUCUUCUGUCGCCACCUCUGAUUGGACGGGCCUUUGUAAAUUAUGGAAAGUUCCAUCCUGUGAUCUUCUGCGAACCUUAAGAGGCCAUAAAAAUCGCGUCUGCUGCAUUAAAUUUCAUCCAACCUCCACUAUUCAACAAUCUCCUUCUGCUUUAAACUUAGUCUCGAGUAGCUUCGAUGGUGAAGUUUUACUUUGGAAUUUGGAAAAAGAGACACCAAUCGGUUCGCUUACGGGUCAUCCCCUCCGUGUUAGCCGUGUGGAUUUUCAUCCUUCAGGAAGAUACCUUGGUACCACUUGUUUUGAUUCUUCUUGGCGCUUUUGGGAUAUCGAAAAGCAAGUAGAACUUGUCCACCAGACGGGCCAUUCUAAAGAGGUUUAUGAUAUUUGCUUUCAGAAAGAUGGCGCUCUGGUUAUCACCAGCGGACUGGAUAGCAUGUGUCGUUUGUGGGAUCUGCGAACGGGGCGGUGUAUUAUGGUCUUACAAGGCCACGUGAAACCUGUGAUGGCUGUGGAUUUCCAUCCGAACGGUCACGUGGUGCUCACCGGAAGCGAUGAUCACACGCUGAAGCUUUGGGAGCUGCGCCAGCGGCAAUGUUCCUAUACGAUUCCGGGCCACACCAAUACUGUUUCUUGUGUUAAAUUUGAACCCAAUCACGGCCGCUACUUUGUCAGCUCUUCGUACGAUCUGUCGGUGAAAAUUUGGUCUAACAAAAAUUGGCUUCAUUUAAAAACUCUUGAGGCGCACACUUGUAAGAUUCUCAGCUGCGAUAUUGCACGCGAUAACAAAUUUGUAGUUUCAUCUUCUUUUGAUCGUACUUUUAAAUUAUGGGCUGAAGAUAAGGAACUUUGA